GAUAUAUACUUGAAAAUCGAAAGAUAAAGGGAAAGUAUUUAUUCAAAAACGAGGUGUGAAAUAUUCCGCAUCUAAUUCCUCCAAGAUAGCCAACACGACGAUUCCAAAUACUCCAAAUAUCUCGAUAGAUGUCGCAAGAUCUCGCAUCGUUGCUAUCAUUCCUUGACCAGAGACUCCCGAUAAGUCCCGAGCACCUCCGAGUAUUCGCGAAUAGAGCACGUGACUGGCAGUGACUAGUGAAAACCGACAAAAACAAGAGCCGCUAAGCGAUCAGAACUAAUUGAAAUGUCGAGAGAAAGAUAGGUUGGCAACUCUGCUGGUUUGCUUGCAGUUACCCCCACCGAGGUCAUCAGUACUCAGUGUUAGCUGUGAGGGCAGUUUGGUGCCCGGUGCGUGUUUUUUGACUUUUUCACUAAUUUCUUCUGGAUCUUCCUUGGACUUUUUACUUGCGAUUAGACGUCAUUUUUCACUGUGCCCGCGUGGCCAUUCCUGGAGUGGCGGCAGGGCUUUACGAAGAGUCGGAGCUCGACUGUCCAAAAAAUGGAGAAUCCUGAAGAGGUACUACAAGCUCUCGACGAAUUUCAGAAGUUGCGUCCAACGGAGAUUCCGCGGGAGCUAGAGGAAUACUUAUGCUGGGUGGCCAAAACUGGAGACCCUGUUUAUCAGUGGACACUCAUAAAGGCUUUAUUCAGAGAAAAACUCUCACGGGUAAUGACAGACUUCUACGAGAGUUGUCCGAGUCUUGAGCUUGCUCCCUGUCCUAAUGUUGAACACUUUAACUACGACACGAUGAAGAGUAAUCUCCUGGAGCGGCUUGAAUCUUUUGCUAAUGCACCUUUCACCGUUCAACGCAUCUGUGAGCUUCUUACUGCUCCAAGGAAAGAAUAUAAUCGCGUGGAUAAAUUUAUGCGCGCCAUUGAGAAGAAUAUUCUGGUUGUAUCAACACGAGAACCUGGUCCUGCAGCUAGAAGAAGUGAGAAUGGAGAUGGAAUGGUCAAUGGCUCUGUUGAAGAGGAUACUCCUUCGACCCAACACUCUCAUGAGGUCGAGAUGGAAUCAUGGGUCAAGGAGUGCACACCUGCGAAUACUAUUGUUGCAGAUACAGCAGAAAACGAAUCACCGCUGUUAGACACAGUCAUGCCAGCUGCAACAAUAAUUAAAAAUCUUCCAGUAAGUCUUACAAAUUUAUCUGGCUCUCUCAACAAAUCUGAACAGACCUCAUUGAGACCAGAUGCAGCAUCAUCCAAUUUCAUUCCAUCGACAUCAGAUUUGUCAGUUGCGACAAACUUAACAUCCCAAAUUACAUCUGAAGAUUCAAGCACUUCUAAUGGAGUGCAGAAUUUAUCUACAAUGACCCAUGACACUCCAGGCAUUGUUGGGGAUGUUCCUGAAGCUAUCAUGAAUGAGGAUACGAGUUCACAACCAAGCCUGGAUUUAGAAAACAAUGAAGGUGAAUCCACUGAUUCCUCAAAGAAACUGCAGACAACGUUCCAAGCAAGAGAUUUUAUUUCAACUGAUGCAGAAACUACUAAGCCUUGUUCGCAGAACAACCUAUCUACUCGGAUUGGUAAUACAGAUAAUGUCACAGAUAGCAAUGUAGGACAAUUGACAUCUUCAGGUGAGAAUCGCAAAGAUCUGAGUCAUCUGCCUGUACAAAAUAAAAUGUCCAUCGACAAUGAAGAAUCGAUACAUCCCAUGACAGAAAAUCUUCUUGAAGUAGAUAAAACUUUGGAAAAUAAAGAAGUUAUCCAAGAGUCAACUGAACAUUCUGGAGUGUCUGAUAGUAAUUCUGAAGACUCUUCAUUAGGGCAAAAUAGUCUUGCGCUUGUAUUGGAAGCUGCUCCAAGUAUAGAAAAUUCAUUGUUAACAAACAAGACUAGUGACACAAAAGUGACAUUAAUUGAACCAUCGCACCUGGAAGACAGAGAAAUGAAUGAAGAUUCAAGAACAUCAACAAUUGCUGCAAUUAGCCAGGAGAACAAAAUGGAAUCAAAGUUAGAUGUUGAUGAAAACAUUCUUGUAUCUGCAAAAGCUGUAAAACUAGAUUUGGAAGAGCACAAUUUGAUGAAAGAGCAACCAAGAGAUGCAAAGGAAAAUUUGGACGUUAUUACAGAAAAUUCAAAACCAGUAGUAGAAGAACCAGGAUCUGAAUUUGGACAAGUUACGAAUCAGCAUCGAAAGAAAAACGAGGAAGAUACCGUGACGAUAGAAGAAACCAUUGCAGAUAAUGUAAGAGUGACUAAAUCUAUCGUUCCUGAUCCUAUUCCGAUUAUUGAGGAGCCUAAGGAGGCGGAACAAGACAAUAAGAAGACUGGAGGCACGGAGCUGGUUGUAGAGGUCAGUGAGGAUUUCAAAGAAGAGACGGUAAUCGUAAAGGACCAGCCAGCAGCAGAGGAAACGAAAUCGAUGAUCGUCGAAAGUGCGGAAAGCGUAGAGAAUAUGAAAGAUGCGAAGAAGAACAUCGAGGGUGUGGAGAAUAUUGAAAUUGUUGGGCAGUCUCAAGCGUUUGAGCAUAACAGCCAGAACAAAUCAGCUGCUUGUUUGACAAAAAAUGAUGAAGCUGCCGAAAGUAAUGGUAGUGUAUCCGUUAAAGGAACUGGACAAGUUGAGUCAAUGGAAGUGGACAACGAGGAAUCGGUAUUAACAUUUCGCCAAGAUGAACCAAUGGAACAAGAGACUACCGACUCGUUUAAGAGCUAAUGUAAAGGAGCGCAUUAUUACUUCCCCGCGAUGAGCCGUCAUCAGAUGUCAUGAAGUACAAUAUCCUUAUCUUUAGAUCCUUCGCUACAUUUUUGACCAUGAUAAUUCGAUAUGAAAACCCGAGACUUUUAUAACGCAAAACAUUCAGAAAUCGAAAAUUCGUUUAGAAACGAGACGGAGCUCAAUGGUUAAUGAAAAAUGAACCGUAUCCACAUGUAACUUGUCGCAUGGAUAAAAUAUAACUUUUGAUCACCUGAAUCAAGUUUGACAUGGUACAAUGAAACUUUUCGAUCGAUCUAUCGGAAUCAUCUUUGAAUUUUUCUUCUCGCUACACGUGUCAGGAUUCUCAGUAAUUAUUUUAAUCGCAAUGUAAGUCGUAUAUAGACCUGUUGGAGAGCGGAACAUUAUCAAAACGAAACACUGCCCAUGGUAAUACAUAUGCAAUUGUUAAAAGUAAUUUUGCAGAGCCAAAGUGGUUCAAUCCUGUUUUUUUAGAUUAAUACCAGAUUUUCGAUUUGGAUUUCGCUUUCGAUUUCGUUUCGAUCGCAAUGAUAUUUGUUUGACAAUAUUAUCUGGGUAAGUGUCUUUUUACGAGAGUCGUAUACGAGUCUACUGGGAAGCACAGCAGGGUGAAAUAUCGGAAGACUCGAUUACGAAUAAAACAACUACUUUUCCUCAUUAAUAACAUGUAGCAUCUCAAAAAUACAUACAAAAGGAUUGUGCAUAACUUUUCGAUAAAUACCUGAUACGCGAAAGUAAGUUCAAUGUACGUGCGUUAGGAUCAACCACUUAAGCUUACCUAAUAAGUUAUUAUAUACGAAGUGAACAUUUUUAAUUGUAGACGCGAAACUACCAGCACGACGAGAUAUCCAGUUAGUCCUCAGGUAGUACGUUAAUUUAAAGAAGACGUAAAUUGAUAGCUAUGAAAAUAUGAGUACUUUAAGACAGCCCUGUAUAUUAUUUUAUAGGAAAAUACAUGAUGAUUACCACCAAGGUUCCAAA